AUGUGGUGUCAAGUACUCGGUGUAGUUGUGAUAAGUUAUCUACUCUGGAUAUUUCUAAAGACUACAGACAACAGUUAUUGUAUCACUAGUUUAAUCAACAACACUACGAUUUGUAGGCCGAAGUGUUCACAUGGUGAAUUCAGCCUUCCUGGUAUAACGAGUUGUGUCCCCUGGUUGACUUGUGAAGCCAUACUAACUGAUGUAGAACAUGGAGAGAUAAUUGGCCAGGGUGCUGUUAAAACUGUUCGGCUGGGAUAUUGGAAAAACUUUACUGUAGUUAUAAACGAGCUAAAGAAUCAAGACUAUAGACACGAUUUUCAGGAUGGGUUAGCCAAUCUAAAACUUUUCCAACCCGAUAAUAAAGUGGUGCAGCUUCUCGGAUCUUGUGAAAAAUCAAACAUAUUUAUAACAGAGUAUCACCCAUUGACCUCGGCAGAACAUUUGGAAAAUAUUUUAAACAAACAUGCAUUUCUAAAUACUUUAAAAACAAGGUUUAAGUUUUGUCUGGAGUACAUUGAAAUUAUUGAAUUCUUACAUACAAGACCCGAGGGCAAGUUUGUUAUGUGCGAUUCCAACGAUCCCGUGAAAGCCUUGAGUCAGUUUUUAAUCCGGGACGAUUUGACUCUGUUGUUAAAUGACGCCGAUGCUUUACCCGUAGUUGACAGAGUUACGGAAAAUCUUGUGAAAUGUGGACACCGAGAGCUGACUGGGGAUUAUGUUGCCCCAGAGCAACUUUGGCCCGAUGAUUCAACAGACUUUGACGAUAGCAAGAUGCCUGGGUACGACGAAAAAACAGAUAUAUGGAAGAUCCCGGAUGUUUGUAAAUUGUUAUUGGGUAACGUGCCAGGAUCGACGAGCGUAUUGUUAAAAUUGUUUGAAAUUAAUACCCUAUGUAAAGACGAGUCGCCCCCAGAAAGACCUACAGUGUCCGAGGUUCUGCAUAGUUACAGAGCUGUUUAUCAACAAGUAAUUCUCGUGUAA